CGUGUAUGUGUGUAAACAUUGGAAAAGCAGUACAGUGCGCGCGUGUCUAAGAAAGCAAGAAAUAGUAAGAAGAUACAAACAGUGCAUCUAUACAGAUUUCGCCCACCUAUACACAAUAAAUAUUACGACGGGUCGAGCUUCCGAGACAUGACACCAUAAUAGUACAAUCACAGAACUAAUCCCCAAAAUUCUUAAACUGCCGCCAUGAAUGAAGCAGAGAUAGUUCUCGCCGACAACAGCACUAUAGCCAAUGUAAUAGAGGCGCCUUUCUCCUCUGGACGACUUUUGUAUGAUCUUUCCAUCGUCGGUCUCUCACAGGCCCUCUUCUUCGGAAUGGGCUGGGUCUAUUUCAUGAGGUUCCUGUUUCGCGACUUCGAGGUGAGGAACGGGGCGGUGCAGCUGACAUUCUGCGGUGUGUUCUCGCUGUCCUGCACUAUGUUCGAGCUGAUCAUCUUUGAGAUUGCCGACAUCACCGAUCGGUCGUCUCGGUAUAUGGUGUGGCGCUUCACCAUUGUUGCUAUGCUGACCAUGCUCGUGGCCAUUAUUCCCAUCUACACGUUCUUGCUCCUGCUACAUAACAUGAGGAUAGGCGCUCGCUCGCGCGCCGCCUUGUUCCUUGCUGGUGUAAUGUGGAUGGCAUAUCUUUACAUGUUCUGGAAACUGGGAGACCCUUUUCCUAUGCUGAGUGCUGAUCAUGGGUUUCUGUCCAUUGAGCAAGGCAUGAGUCGGAUAGGGGUUGUAGGCGUAACCCUUAUGGCUGUACUAUCUGGCUUCGGUGCUGUGAAUUUUCCCUUCAGCAACAUGCACAUGUUCAUCAAACCAGUUAAUGAUGCUGAGGUGAGAGCUUGGGAAAAAAGGCUCCUGCAAAACUACCAUCUAAUCGCGAAGAAAAAGAGGCAAGUUGCGCGCUUGAAGAAGGAGGCUAGACUAGAAAAUGGAGCCCAGCAGCAGCAGCAGAUGGGAUUCAUGCAACGAGCGUACGAGUCCUUCAGCAGGACAUUUGGCAACUCUGGCGAACAAAUUCGUCGAUUACAACAGGAUAUUGUUCCGUUGGAGGAGCUGUGUAGGCAAAUGUACAUCGAGCUCCUGGAAAUGCGCGAUGGGCAGGUUCGAAACAGGUUUUCCAAAACAAUACUAGGGCGGCUUUUCAAUAUUCAAGGCCUCUUUUUCUCCGUUUAUUGCGUCACCAAGAUUGUUAUGGCCACCAUUAACAUCAUCUUCAACCGCGUGGGUAAAGUAGACCCCAUCACACGCGGGUUUGAGAUUGCAGUACAAUGGCUGGGACUUCAAAUCGAUGUUCCGUUCUGGUCGCAACAGAUAUCCUUCAUAUGUGUCGGUAUAAUUAUCGUGGCAUCCAUUAGAGGAUUGCUGAUUCAGCUGACGAAGGUAUUCUAUGCGGUCGCCAGUAGUAAUUCGGCUUCAGUAAUUGUGCUAUGCCUGGCUCAAGUUAUGGGCACCUAUUUCUGUGCCAUGGUGAUACUGAUGCGAAUGAAUAUGCCCCUGGAGUACAGGUAUGCCGCACCGACUGUUGUGAAGAGAUUUAGAAACGUCUUUGCUGUUAUCACGACUUUAAACUAAGAAUCCGGUUCGGGUUCUCAUAUUAAUAUGUAUAUAUAUAUAUCAUCCAACCACAGGAUCAUCAUUACGGAAGUACUGGGAGAUAUACACUUUGAGUUCUACCAUAGGUGGUUUGAUGUGAUUUUCCUCAUGUCUUCGCUGAUGUCCAUAGCCUUUAUGUACUUCACCUGGCAUGUGAACACCGACGGAUACCCGGCCAAGUGAACGCUGGACGUACACUUGUUUACCCAAAUGAAAGGUUGGGUUAAUACUUAUUAGGUAUAUCGUACGUCUAUUUGCCCCAGACAUACUGAUGAACACCCGACCAAACCCAGGGGUAUACCAGCUGUGGGUAAAACUUCACUUUCAAUCGCAUUGUGAUCUAGCUUUAGUAUCAGAGCUCGAAAGGCGUUGUACUAUGUUGUACUAUGUAGCCGGAAAUCGACUUUUCAGAGAUGAAGAAACGUAGCGCACACCGUGGCACUUCUGCCCGGGAGAGUAUAGGGAAGAUAUCGCGAAUUAUUAGCACCGGUAUACAUCCGGGUGUCCGCCGAAUUGGUGAUGAGCUGGCUCAGUGCAAGUUAAUCCGACCACACCACAGGAUUGUGUGCUUAGGCAUACAUCUGAGAGUGGAGGGAGUGCUUGGUAUUGCAGCUGAUUCUGAGGAGAAUUGAUGUGCUACACUAGACUCCUUCUUGUGAUCUGGUCGGAUCAUGCCGGAUUGAGAUUUCGAGGUUUAUUUGCGAAACGUUCAGCCAGGCGUUUAUUUUCUAAACGAGCCUAGACAUAGCGGUGUUCUAAACCGUUCAACUUAGAUGACGGAAUUUUCGCGGCUGUGUAUGUGCGGCCGCGGGAAUGGCUCAGGUAUACGACUGUGCUGUUAGAAGUAGACACAGGGGAGAUCGGUCUGUACUGAAGCACCAACACACACUAACUGUUGAUAAGUGUGUUCUAAGAAAUGGGCCCAAAGUAACUACAGGAGGGUGAGUAUUGAUUUUCAUAAGGGAAGUAUUGGGUAGGGCGAUCUACUCGUCCAUCCAUGGUCUACUCCCGCUCUUGGAGGUCGCAACCUCUGUUGUCGCAACCUCUGUUGUCUCGGCUGAAGUAGAUCUCUCAGUGGUUUGGUAUUCUCCACACGUCGCUUUGGUCUGAUAUAGACCAGCAAAUAGUAGUGCACACGUUGACGCUUCUGGCUUAAAUUGCUGGCCCAACCAGAGCAUGUCACUUUAACUCGACAUAACGUCCCACAUCCUUAGGAGAAUCGAGUGUAGAAAGCUUGCAUUUAGUAUUCGAAGGUGCUUUAUUGAAAACUCAGUACGCAUAUUCUAGAUAUAGUUAAGAAACACAUACCCACUCGAGUCUAAUCAAAUUUAUCGUGUAACAUAAAAUAUGUACCCCUGAGUAACCG